AUGUGUCAGAACGAAGUUGAAGUCAAUGGCUGGACCAGCAUGCCUGCUAAUGCUGGCGCCAUCUUUGAUGGUAGACCCUUCAUCAACGUACCGGAAGCCCUGUCGAUCGAAGAGAUCAAGUUUCCAGUCGAUGACCCCAUUGUUGAGAAAACCAUGAGAUAUGCAAAGGCUGCUCUUCCCACUGAAACAUUCAACCACUCUAUGAGAGUUUACUAUUACGGUAUGCAGGACUGCGCUUCCCAUGGUGUCUUAAUCAAUCGCUCACAGGCUCUAGGAAUGGCUAUCACCAAGCAGCAAUUCCCGAAGCAAGCCAGUGCCCUUAGCCCCAGUACCUGGGCCUUGACCUGUUUGCUGCACGACAUCGGUACUUCCGACCACAACCUCGCUGCAACUCGCAUGUCCUUUGAUAUCUACGGUGGUAUCAAGGCUCUGGAGGUUCUUAAGGGGUUUGGCGCUACCUCCGAUCAGGCCGAAGCGGUCGCUGAGGCCAUCAUCCGACACCAGGAUCUCGGAGUUCAUGGGACGAUCACGUAUAUCGGCCAGCUCAUCCAGCUGGCCACCAUCUACGAUAACGUCGGGGCUCACCCAUACGUCAAAGACUUUGGCGAGUUGAUCCAUGAUACAACUCGCUCCCAGGUGCACGAGGCGCACCCGCCGGGGGAAUGGCGCACGUUCUUCUCUGGCGUCAUCCAGAAGGAGCAAGCAAUCAAGCCCUGGUGUCAUACAAAAAAGAUGGUGAAUGUUCUGAGGAAAGGAAGCCGGCACCCUGAUGGGCAGUGA